AUGGCCUCUGGAGCAGGGGGAGACUUCAACGGGGUUUCGUCUGCACCGGGUGAAAAUGAAUACCCAUCGGGCUUCCCUCGGAGUAUCUGCGAUGAGGUCCCAAAGGAGAAAUACUUGUGCAGCAACUGUAACAAUGUUCUAAAUAAAGCGCGUCAAACGGUGUGCGGUCACCGUUACUGCCUUGCCUGCGUCAACUGGUUGGUUAGGAACAACAAAAAUCUAGUGUGUACAAAGUGUAAAGAGGAGGAUCCAGGCCUUGAGAGUGACAUCAGCGUUUUGACUCUUGAAAAUUUCUUCAAUGAUGCAGCCAUCAAUAAAGAGAUUCUUGAGCUGAAAGUGCACUGUGCAAACCAAGGCUGUCCCUGGAGGAGCACCCUGAAGGAUUUUGAGGAUCACCAGAGUCAGUGUGAGUAUGCCCUGAUCCCCUGUAACAUUGGCUGUGGACACAUGGUUCAGAGGAAAGCACUGGCUAUGCAUCUGGAGAAAGGAUGCCCCAACAAUAAAUCGGCCUGUCCCACUUGUUCCGGCACUUUCACUCCUGCAGAACUUCAGAAACAUACGUGCCAAAGCCAAGAAGAAAAGAAACCAGUGAAAGCAGAAAAGCGGCAAAAGAAUGGUCAUCACACAAGCUCUAAGAAGAAGGAGUCAUGUGCUUUUUCAGAAAUUGGAUGUCCAUUCAAAGGCUCCACAGAGAAAGUACGUGAGCAUGAGAGUGGCAGUUUUGUGGGUCACCUCCAGCUGCUUCUGGAGGUGGCCAGGAGCCUGCAGCUCUCCCUGCAGCCAACACAGGAGAAAGACCUAGAGGGCCAAGUUGAGGCUCUCUCCAUCUCUCCAUGCCAGAGGGAAGGAGAGAUAGAAAGUGAUGGAGGUGACGGAGGGGGGAGUCAGCAGGCCUCGUUAGCUCACAGCCUUCGUGAUGACCAGGCUGGGAUCCAGAUGGGGCUACAACUGGAAGAGGUUCAGCAGAGGGUCCAGAUCAUGGAGAACAUCAUCUCUGUCCUGAACCGCGAGGUGGAGAAGACCCAGUUGAAUGUGGUGGCAUUGGAAAAAGACAACCAGAACAGCAUGCAGAACAUCCAACUCCUGGAAAUCAAAGUGGCUGAGCUGCAGCAGGAGUUAGUUAGAAAAGACCUGCACAUAGCCGCAUUACAGCAGGGCUUCAGCGCUCAGCAUGAUGUCUCCUAUGAUGGAACCUUUCUGUGGAAAAUCUGUGACCUCAACCAGAAGCUCAGAGAGGCAGCCGCAGGACAGAGGACAAGCCAGUACUCCCCAGCGUUCUAUACAGCACGGUAUGGCUAUAAGGUCUGCAUGAGACUCUACCUGAACGGUGAUGGAGUGGGGAAAGGAACGCACAUCUCUCUUUUCUUUGUAAUAAUGAGAGGAGAAUAUGAUGCCCUCCUCCCCUGGCCCUUUAAACACAAGGUCACAUUCUUCCUUAUAGACCAGAACCAACGGGAGCAUGUCAUUGAUGCCUUUCGGCCUGAUCUCUCCUCUGUCUCCUUCCAUCGGCCCACGUCAGAAAUGAACGUGGCGAGUGGAUGCCCACUCUUCUUUCCUCUGGGAAAACUCCGGUCACCCAAGCAUGCCUACUGCAAGGAUAACACGCUUUUUAUCAAGUGUGUCGUGGACACUUCAUCCUAG